ACUGAUCGUCAGAGCUAGCAGCAGUGAAAGUAAAUGGCGUCUUCUGAUGAAGCCGGCGACGACAAUUACGGAUACAAAACGGGGAAAAAAGAAUACAUGAUGGAGACUGUGCAAUGCUUGCUAUUUGCUAGAGACAACCUCCCCAGCGACGUGUACCGCGAGUUCGUCAAGGCCAUGACCGAGGUUUGGAAAAACUGUGCUGACCCGGAUGGUGAAAUAAGGAACAUCUGCCCUGAAAACUGCAUAGAGACGGCGUUGAAGCUAUUUCAGGGUUGGGCUACAGUUAAACAGAGCUUCCUUAACUUCACUGAAGGCCGUAGCCCCGUCGAAGGCAAUGGCAUUGUCGAUGCUGAUGUCGAAGCCGUUGUUGUCAACCCCUUGCUACAGAAACCAAUAGAUUUUCUUUCCAGACUGAAGGCAUGCCCUAACAUGAGCGACGAUCAUUAUGCCGCUUUUUUGAAAAUCAUGCAAGAUUAUUUCAGGGACAGGACCAUGACCCCUCGAAAAGUUUACAAGAAGGUGAGGAGAUGCAUGCGUGACUGUCCUGAGUUGUUGGAAGAGUUUGUGGAUAAUUUUCUCCCUGCAGACCUAAAGGCCUUUGUAAAGGUUAAAGCAAAUGAUAACCGCCGCUCGGAUGGUAUCCAUAUGAAAGAAGGUUACGGAGAAUUGCCUCACGCCGAAGAGGAUGAGGAAGACAAGGUUAAACCCUUGCCAGACUGGAAUUCCUCAAAAGCUCAGGAAUUGCCCCCAGAAGUUGAUCCCAAGAAGCUCGAACGAGCUUGCACUCCUAGCUAUUACCUGCUGCCAGAUAAUUUAACUCUUCAUUCAAGUUAUUGGACCAAUCUGGGGAGGUCUAUUCUCAACGAUACUUUUGUCUGUUCUGUAUCUGGGAUGGAAAGCUCUAAGCACAAAACUAUAAAUGGUUAUGAGACAAACAUUUUCUACUGUGAAGAAGACAUGUUUGAGAGUGACAUGCUAUUACACCGGUUUCGUGCGACUGCUGACCUUAUUGCCAAUCUCCAAACUCGUGCUGGCAGCCGUUUGAAGAUAAGCGAGCAUUUAACUCCAUUGCUGGCGGAAGCAAAUGAGAUCAAUAAAAAGAAUUCGAAAGCUGGAGAUAAAAAUGCUGAUACAGGCAUGUUGAAUGCUGGAGAUAAAUAUGCUGAUACAGCCAUGUCGAAUGCUGGAGAUAAAUAUGCUGAUACAGACACGUCGAAUGCUGGAGAUAAAUACGCUGAUACAGACAUGCACAAGGACAUAAGCAGUAUACUAUCCGCUGCAUGUGCCUCCGAAGAGAAGCAGGUGAUGAAUUGGGCGAAAAUAGUACAUCCAUUUCUUUCUGCUCAUUGUCUAUGGCCUUCAUCUAAGGAAACUGUAGCUCCCGCAAAAGCUUGUGAACAUUGCCGCACCAGCAAAGAUUUUCUCAGUAGAAUACCUGAUGCUUUGCCUGCUACUAAGCUUUCUUCAUCUUCCAAGAGAGGGGAAUUCCUAAAGAAAAAAUCUAAUGACUUGAGCUCUUCACAUGAUGGUUUUGGCCAAGACAUUGAUCAGGAGGGUGAUUUCAUGCCCGAACCAGAAAUCAUUGAGUUGGAUGUCAUGCUUGGUGCCAGAAAAGAACCAGUAAGUUGUGAUGUUGGCACUUCCGGUAUAGAUGGGUUGAGCUCUCGUUGUCGUAUAAUCGAUACUUCUGAACCUAGUACUCGUGACCAUGGAAACAAACAUGAGAAGCAGCAUGAAUCAAGUCAACACUCCAAAACAUCAGCUAAACUGCGUGGUGUGAAAGGAGGCACUUGUUGUUUUCUCAUUGUGCUUCGCAGGCUUUACCAGAUUUUAUAUGACAGACUACAAACUGCGAGAGGUUUAUGCGCCGAUGAUCUAUUAUAUGCAGAGUUUAAGGAUAAAAUCAUCAAGCUACAUGCCCAUUGUAUUGAUAAUUCCAGUUUUGAAGACUUCUGCCUGCAAUUUCUUGGGCCAAAGUCCGUUGAACUUUUUACUCUGGAUAUAGUGAUAAACCGAGUUAUCAAGCAGUUGUGCAUAAUUUAUUCAAGAGAUCAAGACAACUCGCUCUUCCAAUUCCUUGAGAACUUUGGAAGACCAGUUCUACCCAAACCUGUGUUCAGCCAUCAAAACUAUGAUCAAGAGGAGCAAGAGAAAGCUCUUGCCGAUACCGAAAAACUUCCGCGCCAUUUUGAGAGAAGGAAAAAACGCAAGUUGGAGAACAGUGCAACGAUUUCCUCAGCUUGGAGUUCCUCUCAGCUCGGAGCAGUGACGGAAACUCAUGGUUGAAUGUUAUACCUUGGUGUAUUGUACAUGCUAGAUGUGAUUAUUCGAAAUAUUGUUACAAUUAAAUAGAUAAAUAUAAUUUUGCUUGUUAUAAGGAACUACUUGAAUCCCAUGAAUUUAGUUAGAAAACAAAAAAACAAAAAUCUUAAUGUGCUUUGGUAAGCCCAGAUAACUGUUCGGUUCUAAUCCCAUGCAAUUGAUGUCAUUUUCGCGAAAAAAUAGUAUGCAGUUCAAUUCUGUUCUUUUUGCAUAAUGCAUUUGAAACUUCUAAUCGCUUCCUCCUGGGCCUAGCCAU